CUUGCGAGCAUUUUGUAUCCACUUCGAAGACGAGUAAAACGAUCAUCGACGCGGAAACGAUCUUUUUUUGCCAAGGAUCAUCAAUAUUCCAAAUUAAAAAAAAAAUGAUGGUUGCCAAGUUUGUUGUCUUCGCGCUGCUGUUCAUCGCCUGCUCUUAUGCAUCACCUCUCAGAGUGGCGACUAUGUAUUCACCGCUGUUUGUGCCGGUUUUUAUCCAAGAUCUCGAUGAAUCUCAAGGCACACUAGACGAAGAACCGGUAUACACGUUGAAUGAUGAUCCCAAGAUUAUGGAAAAUCCAGUAAACUCCGUCGAUAUUGAAAAACGCAGCAUCGAGAAAACAAUGACGGAUAAUGACGGUGACGACCUCGAGACCGCAGCUGGUACCAACGUUCUUCGUCCUCUCUUUGUUUAUCGUCAGCAAGUCGCGUAUCGACAGCGUGUCAAGGACGCGAUCCGACGAGGAAGGCGAAUAUAAAUUACAGGAAGAGAGAGAAUUGUAAUUUGGACAAUUCGACGAUGACGCAAUCUCAACCUCGGUGUAUUAUCGGGAAGGUGAUACAUUAGAGAUUUUUUGAGAUCUCGAUAACAAAAGAGUCUCAUAACAAAUUCUAACAGAUUUUCAAAAUCUUGAAAAAGAAUUGAAUAAGAUUCGUGAAAUAAGAUGUUAAAUAUUCCAUGAAAUUUGUUGAUGGAUAUAAAUAAAGAUCGAAAGAGAUAUAAAAGGAACGAGCGACAAACAAUAUUAGAAAAAAAAAAAAAUAUUACCUCGUUUGAAGAUAAUAUACUUGCCGCUUGUAGAUAUUUACGAAUACAUAACCGUGAAUGCAGAAGAGGAAGAGAACUCACGCCAACGUGAAAAUUUUGGAUGCAAAUAAAAGCUCUUCUCUUGCCGGUACGAAAGAAAAAAAGAAGAUACGCGUGCGAAAACACACGGAAGCGUCGGUGAAAAAAAAAAAAAAAAAAA